AAAGUAUUCAACAAAUGAAGGAACACGAACACUCCUCAUGCGUUAACAGUGAACAAUUUUUAUUUCUGACGCGCUCUUCGUUUCGUCGAAUAUUCAAUUUCUACGCGUCGAAGACUAUUUCAGAAUAAACAGAAAUUUCAUAAAUUACGGAUUAAGUGGAGUUGACGUCGAGUGUAAACCGGCUCAUUGUUUGUGAUGUGGAUUUUUCAAAUUGAAAAUAGGCAAUGAUAAGAUAUACCAGUUAAUUAAAUUACUGCGCGCUUUUGGCAUUACAUAAAAUGAUAGUUCAUUCAUUAGCUACGAUUUAAAAUAGUAGCAACCCGCGGUCGCAUCAAAACGCUUCAUUUUUCAAUAUUUUAAACUUCGUGCUAAAAAGUAAUCAUGAAUGCAGAAGUAGAACGUAUUAAAAAGAAAUUUACUUUGCCUCAUUUGUUCCAAAGCAGUGAAUAUAACGUAUGGGUUGAUUUUUCCAUCGUCGCAGCUCAAUAUAAACCUGUAGAUUUAGGACAAGGAUGUCCGAAUUAUUUACCGGGAGCUUUUAUUGUAGACACACUUACCGAUGUUUCUGAAUCAAUGGAUUCCGCAAUUCUCCACGAAGCGCGAGGAGCUGGUCAUUUAAGAUUGGUGAACGCCCUGAGUGGUUUGUACUCUAGAUUUUGCAACCGAAAAAUUGAUCCAGAAAGAGAAGUAAUGAUUACUUGCGGCGCAUACGAAGCUUUAUAUAGUUCAAUUGUUGGUAAUGUGGAAGUCGGUGAUGAAGUGAUCAUUAUCGAACCUUUUUUUGAUUGCUAUGAACCGUUGGUGCAACUUUGUGGAGGAAAAAUCAGAUUUAUUCCGCUUAGAAAUACUUCCAAGAAUGGUGUAUUCAGUUCAUCCAGUGAUUGGAAACUAGACGAAGACGAAUUACGAGGGCUGUUCAAUGAAAAGACCAAAAUGAUCAUUUUAAAUUCUCCGAUGAAUCCUAUUGGGAAAGUAUUCAAUCGAAAAGAAUUAACCUUCAUCGCCGAAUUAUGUAUUAAAUAUAAUGUCAUGGUUAUAUCGGAUGAAGUUUACGAAUGGCUGGUAUAUGAACCAACGCAACACGUGAGAAUUGCUUCGUUGCCUGGAAUGUUUGAAAGAACCAUAACCAUAGGUUCGUCCGGUAAAGCUUUCUGUGUGACUGGCUGGAAAUGCGGUUGGGCUUAUGGAUCUGCUCAACUAAUAGCUAAUGCUCAAGUUGUUCAUUCCAUAAAUACCAACUCUUACAUUACUCCAAUUCAAGAAGCUGUUGCUCUCUGUGUUGAAAGAGAAAUUGCAAGGUUCGAUUCUCCAGAAUGCUGGUUCAAAGUUCUUCCUAAAGAUGUUAAACCAAAGAGAGAUUAUUUUAUUAAAGCUUUAAUUGAAGCAGGUUUCAAACCAAUCUGUCCGGAAGGAGGUUUUUUUAUUGUUGCAGAUUGGUCUGCUCUAGAAUCGAAAAUGGACUUGCAGAAUGAGACAAGUGAAUUCAAAGAUAUAAAUAUGGCUAAGUGGAUGGUUAAGAAUAUCAAUUUAUUAGCAAUACCACCAUCUGUAUUUUAUUCAGCCAAUAGCAAACAUCUGGGAUUAAAUUUAAUUCGAUUCUGCUUUUUCAAAACUGAUGAGACGUUGUCCGCUGCUGUAGAAUGCUUGCAAAAACUGAAAAACUUUUAAAGAAGUAAAUUACCAACAUAAUAAAUGAUUUUUAUUGAGGAACGAAAAACAUGAACAAGCGUCUGAUUCUUAAGUAUAAUACAUAUAAAUACUUACUCAAUAGUUGACAUGAAAAUGAGAUCAAGAAAAGACAUACGAAAUAUGUACAAAAAUUAAAUAAAGGAGAGGAAAAAAAACAACAGUAUGCAAGAUUUUACGAAAUCAAUGUAAAAAGAAGAGGGAAAAAUUGCAGAAACAUAGGUAUAACAGCGAAUAUCCAUGAAAAUAAAAUGUGUUCAAAAGUUACCAUAAAGAUAACAUUUUCUACGUCACAUGUUCAUCUUCAUUUUAAAAAUUACUUCGUUAUGAUUUAAUAAAAUUUAUUUUGAAUCGUU